AAAGACCCUAAUCCUUUAGGGGGAGAAAGAGGAAAGUUUCCCUUUUCCUCUUUCUCUAAUUUAAUCAAUUUAUCUCCUCCACUAUCCCCUAAUUACAUAGGUUCCUCAAAUAUUUAAUUUUACAUUUUUUUUACAAUUUAAUUAAUUUCUAUGAGGAAGCUGUGCCCUAACCUUGACAAUCAAGAUGGCCUGGCUACCGUCCUCGAGGUGCCGAUUCCGGAGGAAAUGUUCACCAACAUGGGCAGCAGCGCCGAGUUGCAGUGGGCGAAUCUCCGUUCUUCCAUGAAAGCUCAUCUCUCGUCAGGAUCAAACAAUGAGUUCAUGGCAUUGCUCAAGCUUGUUGGUUCUCCUCUCAUUCCCCUUCAGGUUCAUUGCGACAAUGCACUCUCCCGCCCAAUCAAAGACUGUUCAAUCGAGGCUUCGACGGCGAAUUAUAUAGUGCAACAAUAUGUGGCGGCGACCGGGGGACUGGCGGCGUUGAAUUCGGUGAAUAGCAUGUGUGCCGUUGGGGAGGUGAAGAUGGUGGGAUCGGAAAUGCACCAAGGUGAUAACGACAGUGUACACGUUCAGAGCAAAGGCAAUGGCGAGGUUGGUGGGUUUGUCCUAUGGCAAAAAGACCCCGACCUGUGGUACUUGGAAUUGUUUGUUUCCGGCUUCAAAGUCAGUGCUGGAAGCGAUGGCAAGGUCGCAUGGAAUCAAUGCGGCUCGCAACCUUGCCAUGCCAAUAAAGGGCUCCCAAGACCCCUCCGCCGCUUCUUUCAGGGUUUGGACCCAAGGAGAACAGCCAACUUGUUCCUAGACGCAGUAUGCACAGGAGAGAAAAGCAUCAACAAAGAAGAAUGCUUCAUCCUCAAGCUAGAGACUCCCACGGAAAUACUCCAAUCCCAAAGCACGCCCCAGACUGAAAUAGUCCACCACACCAUCUGGGGCUACUUCAGCCAGCGUACGGGACUGCUAAUCCAGUUCGAGGACAGCAAGCUGGUCAAGAUGAGGUCGCGAAACGACAGCGUUUUCUGGGAGACGACGAUGGAGACGGUGAUCGGGGACUACAGAUACGUCGACGGGAUAAACAUAGCGCACGCUGGCAAAACGUCGGCGUUGCUGUACAGGUACGGACACGCUUACAACCAGAAGAGGAGGAUUGAGGAGACGUGGAAGAUUGACGAGGUGGAUUUUAACAUUCGUGGGUUGUCCACGGAUUGUUUUCUUCCUCCGGCGGAUCUUAAGAGGGAAGAUGGCGGUGGAGAUCAAUAGUACGUACCAUACGACUGUUUGUUUUUAAAAGAGACUGUUUUGUUUGGUCAAUUUAUUUUUACAGAACCAAUACAAAAAACAAAAAAGAAAGAAGGACGAAGGGGGAACUGCAUGUACAUAUAGGUAAAAGCAAAACUGUUUUUUCUCAUUGAUGCCGGUGGUUUUUGGAAUUAGAGAGAGCAAGACGAAGAGAUUGAUUAAUUUUUGGAAUUAGAAUACGUUGUGUAUGUGAGUUGAUCUUUGGCGAUUCAUAAUUUGGACCCACGAAAUAAAUCCCACAUGCAUGCAGCAUGCGUUAUUGAUCCCAACACUCCUCUUUAGACCUAACAUCUAAACCAAAUCAAAGCUUUGCUUGUUUCUAUAUACUAAUAUGCACCUUGGUUGCUGCGCUUCCCCACAUGUAAGUGAAGAACGAAUGGAAAGGGAUCCUCCCUUCCACCAAAUCUAACAAAUUCAUCAAUCCGGAUUCUUGAAAUUUGAUCAAACGGCUACAAACAAGGGCUCCCCUUUAAAAAUUAUAAUAAUUUUAGCCGUUGAAUCAAAUUUCAAGGUUCCGGAUUUGUGGAUUAGAUGGAAGGAAUCCGGAAAGUAUUUCUUUCAGGAAGAAUGAAUGAUCUUCCAAAAAAAAAAAAAAAGUGAGUGAGUGAAAAGCAUUGCGAGAGACUGAGUUUGACUCGCAAAUGAUCGACAAGUGGACCGAUCCUUUUGGGCAUUUGUUAUGAUUGGCCUGUUCAGUAUACUAUACACAAGCCCAAUCAAAAGUUGGACCUAGAUAACUUUUAACAGAGCCCAUAGAAACUCCCCAGACAUCCAUUCAAAGCUCAAAGAAAAAAGGAGUGGGCGGGGCCACCAAAAUAUCAAAAUCUGUUUUCCAGUUGGGUAAAACCCUAAUUCACAUAAACCCCUAUAUAAUCUCGAUCCCUCUCCUUUCUGCCUAUCAUUCUUCUGCGCUCUCAGUCGCUCUUCAACUUUCAAUCUCCGCAGCCACACCGUUUCAUAAAUCUCCUUUCUUAAGAUCCGAUUGUGGUUUGGAUCCGAUUGGGUUUCGGAUCCGAAUACAUAGCGUCUGUGUUUUCUGAAUUUUUGUUUGGAUUGUCUGUGCUCGCGCCUAUGUUUGUGCGCCAUGCAUCUGUUUACCCUCUCCUUCCAUGCCAAAGAAUCAACGGUGAAGGAGCUUAGAACGGAUGCAGAUAUCGAUUGGUUGGCUUACCAGCUCACUGCAGAUUGUUUGAGUUUGCUUUUGGGUCAAAUGGACCUACCGAUAUAUUUAUAUCCUUAAUUAUGUUUAAUUAAUUUUCUUAAUUAUGUUUAAAUUAGUGUGGGUCGAAAUUCAAAUGGCAAAUGAUGAAUAAUCUUUUCCGCUUAUUGAUA